UCGGCUGUGGCGUUGCGGUCAUUGUGUCGUGACGGAGACGCCGGUAGUGGUUUCCGCGACAGCGGGUGCGGCUGCUUUAGCCCGGCCUGGGCUCCACGGCUGCCUGGAGGGUCUCUGCAGCGCCCGCCCCUUCUCCUCCGGGACCCCACGCCAGCAGCGACCCUGAGCCGGCAGCCGGAGCUACCGGCAAUGGCGGCCUCGACGGCCUCGCACCGACCCAUCAAGGGAAUCCUGAAGAACAAGACCUCUGCGGCUUCCCCGGUGGUGGCCUCGGCCGAACAGCCCCGCCGGACCGUCGAAGAGGAGCUGAGUAAAAAGUCUCAGAAGUGGGAUGAAAUGAACAUCCUGGCAACAUAUCAUCCAGCUGACAAAGACUAUGGGUUGAUGAAAAUAGAUGAGCCAAACACUCCAUAUCACAAUAUGAUAGGUGAUGAUGAAGAUGCCUAUAGUGACUCAGAAGGCAGUGAAGUCAUGACUCCAGACAUCUUAGCUAAGAAAUUAGCUGCUGCUGAAGGCUCAGAGCCAAAGUAUCGGACUCGAGAACAAGAAAGCAGUGGAGAGGAAGAUAAUGACCUCUCCCCUGAAGAGCGAGAAAAGAAGCGGCAGUUUGAAAUGAAAAGGAAGCUUCAUUACAACGAAGGACUGAAUAUUAAGUUAGCCAGACAGUUAAUUUCAAAAGACCUACAUGAUGAUGACGAAGAUGAAGAAAUGUCAGAGACUGCAGAUGGAGACAGCAUGAAUAUUGAAGAGUCAAAUCAAGGAUCUACUACAAGUGACCAUCUGCAGCACAAAUCACAAAGUUCAUAAGAGAAACGUGUUGAGCAAUGCAGUCGUUGUCAAAUACAAACCUUGUUACUAUACUACACUGCUUCUUGUUCUCUACAACUCGUGACUUAUGCAUCAAAAUACAUACAGUUAUAUAUUGCCAAGAUUAAGACCAUAGAGACGGAGUAGAUGGAAACAUGCCUAAUUAAUGCAUAUAUUCUUGUGCCUCAUACUUCACCACAAAUACAGUGUAAUGUUAGUAGUCCAAAACUGCUUUACUUUUGUAAGAACACUGGUUACUUUGUAUAAGAUAUUAUAUAGCUUUUUAUGCUUUAGAGAUUAAAUAAUAUCAUGGGGGAAACUAAUUUAUUUUUGUCACUUCUAGAUGAUGGUACCUCUUAUAAAAUAUUUAGGGGUAGUUUGAUGUUUUUUCUUCUUUUAGUCAAAAGCCUAUUCAUAAAGUGGGAGAUAUAGAUGGAUAAAUAUUUAGGCUGAAAGGUUUUCUUUUUAAUAUUUAUCUUUAGCUUGUUUUGGCUAAUUGAGGUUUCUAAGGGUUAUUGUUCAUUUUCUGAUCAAUGACCUUUAAAAUUCCUGUUGAUUUUCUUUGUGCUCAAAAGGAAUAAAUCUUUUCAUUCAAACUGGUUUCCCCCAUUCCCACCCACACUCAGAUAAAUGUCCAGGUUAAAGUUGCACUGACAUCUGCUCUGCUUGUUUUAGUACGCUGUGCAGACUUCAGACGAGGUUUUUAACACCACGUGCUGUCUUAGUUUCCCAUUAUUUAUAUUCCUGUGUUAACCUGCUUUGAUUUCCUACUUCCUCUGCCUGAACACAUGCAGUUGGAGAGAUUGUAUUACAGGAUGGCAAAGGCUAUUGGACGAGAGGAACUCUUCUUCAUAUUCUGUCGUCCGCUGCAGUAGUGAGUGCUCACUUUGGCACCUGCUAGUUCUAACACAGGAAGGAAGCGGGUCUAGUAGUAGCCAUACUGUGGCAGGAAGGACAGCUCGGCAGCUUGAUCUCUGUACUUCUCUGAUUGACAGCUUGGUCAGUAAAUGGCUGAUAUUGGUUCAUUUGACAUUAGACCUUAGCAAACAAUGAACUAAGGCUUUUUUGCACGAUGAAAGCAUUGUAUGUAAUCAGAAUAUGAUUGUUCUUGAAUGUACAGACAGAAUUAUAUCUGAACAUUUUUAAAUUUAAAGAUUCUGCGGAGUCUGCUUUAAGGGAAUAUGAUAAUGCACACUAUGACAAUGAACGUGAUUCCUCUAACAUGAUAGAGAUCAUUUGCGUUUUCCCCCCUGAAAUGAAGUGUAGUUCCUGUGUGUCUUAGUUUUAGUGAUGGUUUUCUUUGUAGUCAUUUAUUUGUAUCAUAAGUUUUUGGUAGCACCAAAUGAAUCUGUUAUAUGACACAGACUUUUAAAAUAACUUCUGUAUAUUAUAUAUAUGAAAUGGCUUUUAUUGAACAGCUAUCUUCCACUUUAAAUUUAUGGAACUAUCAUGAUGUCAAAAUAAAAAAAAAGUGGGAAGAGUCUUUACUGUUAGAAGAAUGUGCUUAUUUUGAAUGUCUUUUUUUUUUAUGCGAUUUUACCAGAGUAGCUCUGAAAUGUUAGUGCAGUAUUCUAACCAAACAUUUUAGCCACUGAACCACUGAUGUACACACGAAGCAAUGUAUACCUCAUCUUUGUAAAUUAAGCCUGUUUGAGGGAUGUGGAAAUUAACUGUAUAUAUGUAUGUGAAUAUGUUCAUGUACCAGAUCUGUGCUCUUAA